AUGGGUGGAAUCCAGAAGUGUUGAUCUGGUCAGUUGCGCGUGUGAUGGAGCUGUUCAACUCUCCUUUUCAAAGUCGAAUUAACUUCGCAUUCCCUCUUUUUCUUUUUGAUCGGUUUGGACUCCAUACGGAACUUUUUAAACGAAGUAUUUUAAGGAAUGACUGACACGAACUGAGUUUGAAACGGGUUUUGGGCGGACUUUUUUAAAAAGUACAACAUUUAACACAUUUUAUGUUUCUCGUCUUGGGUUUAGUCUUGAUUUAAAGGGAAUAAUCAUGCCUGAUCAACUGACAGUACCGGAGUUUAUGGACAUUACCAAUGAGGACUAUAAAGCACCAACAACAUCAGUGUUCUGUACGCGCAUGGCUCACUGUAGGAAUACAGUCGGCGCUUUGGAAGAGGCGUUGGAUUUGGACUGCAGUGUGCUGCACAAAAUAAAGAAGUCAGUCAAGGCUAUAAACAGCUCUGGUCUGACUCACGUAGAGAAUGAGGAGCAGUACAUCCAGGCACUGGAGAGGUUUACGGAUAACACUGUGUACAAAGAUGACCCUGAGAUGUCCGAUUACUUCCUCAGAUUUGCUGGUUUCACUAAGGAGCUCACUGGUCUCUUUAAGAACUUGCUGCAGAACAUGAAUAACAUCAUCACUUUCCCACUAGACAGUCUGCUAAAGGGAGACCUUAAAGGAGUUAAAGGGGAUCUGAAAAAGACUUUUGAUAAAGCAUGGAAGGAUUAUGAAACCAAACUGGGCAAGAUUGAGAAAGAAAAACGGGAACAUGCCAAGCAGCACGGUCUGAUCAGAACAGAGAUCAGCGGAGGAGAGAUUGCAGAAGAGAUGGAGAAAGAGAGACGCCUCUUUCAGCUUCAGAUGUGUGAAUAUCUCAUUAAGGUGAAUGAAAUUAAAGUCAAGAAGGGAGUUGAUCUGCUCCAAAACCUCAUCAAAUACUUUCAUGCCCAGUGCAAUUUCUUCCAGGAUGGGUUAAAAGUUGUGGACAACCUGAAACCUUUCAUGGAAAAACUCGCCACAGACUUAACUGCAAACAAGCAGACACAAGAUGCAGAAAGAAAACAGCUAAUGCAGCUGAGAGAUAUUCUCAAAUCUGCCCUACAGUCAGAGUGUAAGGAGGACCUCCAGUCAAAGCAGAAUGCAGGCUAUAGUCUUCACCAGCUGCAGGGCAAUAAAGCUCACGGCACGGAGCGCUCUGGGAUGCUCCUCAAACGCAGCGAAGGACUGAGGAAGGUUUGGCAGAAAAGGAAGUGCACUGUGAAAAAUGGAUUAUUGACUAUUUCUCAUGGAAUGGAACCAGGUGAGACAGCGCUACAUCUUGCAGUACGAAUGGUGGACCGGAACUCUCUCCAUAUUGUGGACUUCCUUGUACAGAACAGUGGUAAUUUAGACAAGCAGACUGCCAAAGGAAGCACAGCGCUGCACUACUGCUGCUUGACUGACAAUAGUGAAUGUAUGAAGCUGCUACUGCGGGGAAAAGCAUCUGCCUCCAUUAAUCCCAAACCCAGAACGGCCCCACCUAAACAGAGACCUAAGAGAGUAAAGGCCCUAUAUAACUGUCAGGCUGAUAACCCAGAUGAACUGACCUUCUCUGAAGGAGAGGUGAUAAUAGUGGAUGGAGAGGAGGACAAAGAGUGGUGGGUGGGCCACAUUGACGGGGAGCCGAACAGGAAGGGCGUUUUUCCUGUCUCGUUUGUUCACUUCAUCACUGACUGAUGUCAUACAUUGCUGUCUUACUAAGAUCACAGGCUUUUUGUGACAGAAACUUGAGACACUUGAGUAACUAGUCACCAUCCUUAUGGCUGGAUGGUGGCGUACGGGACAUUCACAAACAUAAGACCUCAGGAAACAGCUCACUUGAUCAAUUAUUCCGAUUCCAAGUGCAAUUACCUCUAACUUUAAUGCAGAAAUGAUGUAUGAACUGUGAUGAGUGCUAUGCUUUAUAUGGGGACCAUUUGUUUUUAUAAACUGUAAUAUUGUUGGAUCCUUACUCUCAUCUUUAUAGAGCUUUUUAUCUGUAUCAGUUGCAGAGCAACUCUUAUUUUGCAAGUGCAGUUAAAUGACAUGUAGCCUGCAUACAAGUAUGUUCUCCGAGUUCUGUUACCGAACAAGCCAUUAAACCUUUUAAUUCUG